AGGUGUUAUGCCGAGAAACGCAUUCCUGCCGAGAAUUGCAUGUCCUUGUCGCGGGAACGCGCAUCGCUCURARCKCGCAUAUUGACGAGAAAACGGACUGAAGUCUGACCAAAGAGGAAGUCCUGCUGUGGUCUGAGUGUCCUCUCUACUGUCAUCUACUGGGGCUACAGCAUCAGAGCCAUGGAUCUAAAAAGGCUCAACAACCUGAUAAAAAAAGRUCUGGGAACUACUGUAGGACCUGUGGAGAAAAGAUGGAUUCUUCAUUAAAUCAAGAAAUGACAUGAGAACUCCUGUUGAGGCAGGUCGGCUGUUCAAGAGUUCUGCGAGAGUUGCAUAAAGGAGAUGGAAGAAAAAGAUGAUUCACAGCAGAUGAAAGGCAAGACCAGUGACCUGUCAAGUCAGAUAGAUGAAGUGAAGGAGAUCAUGAAGAAAAAUGUGAACCAGAUCCUCCACCGAGAAGAAAAUCUGGAUAAACUCCUGGAAGUGUCCAAGUAUCUGGAAGACAAGGCUUAUAAUUUCAGACGUACAACUAAUGAAGUGUCUCGCUCCUACUGGUGGAAGAACGUCAAGCUGAUGGUGGCCGUGGUCGUGAUCGUCCUCAUCAUCGUCGUCGUCAUCAUCCUGCUGGCCGUCGGGGUCAUUCCCAUCAGCCCWCCUGUGGCUCCUGUGGUCACGCCCACCAUCAAGCCCUGAACACACAUCAACACAAACACCGUGAUGAGACAACAUGAGAUUCUGGACACAUUACACUGCGUCGCACAGAUCUGGACAA